AUAGAGUGACACUAGUUUGCGGUCGUCAGAGUCAUCGGGGUAGACAGAUUAAUUUUACAUAACCAUCACUCAUAAGAAUAGAUUUUAUUCCAACAAAAUUCUGCGAUGACAGUUGAUGUGCCAAUCAGAUUAGUUAGCCACGCUCGUCGUGUCUGCAGUCUGUAUAAGAACGCCCUUCGUAAUAUCGAGAAUUUUGCUUAUCUCAAACAUAUCUACCGGUACCACGCUGUAUUGAUGAGGAAGCGUUUUGAUGACAAUGCCAAAAUAAGGGACUUGAGGAUCGCUAAACAGAUGGUCAUUGAUGGUGAAAAGGAAUUGUUCGAAUCCAUGCAUCCUCAGCCCAGGAGCUUUGCCGAUUCACCAGGAGGUAUGGCUUAUGGUAGAACAGUUGUGCCCCCAGAUUGGGUUGUGGAUUAUUGGCAUCCAAGUGAGAAGGCUGCAUACCCUGAGUAUUUUGCUCGCAGGGAACUACGUAAGAAGGAAUACAUCGAAUGGUAUAAAAAAACAUACCCUGAUGUUGCCAAAAAAAUUCAGUCUUCUCAGCACUAAAUAAUGAGGCAAGGCAAAGUGCAUAACAGAGCAGUAAUAAUAGACUGCAAUUAGCAUAUUGUGAAUCAUAUAACAUUUUCAAAGCGUCGUUGAAUAAAAUGAUAUUCAUGA